UACUUCUCACAACCAUAACCACCCAAUUCCUGCCUUGUCCUUCACUCCCCUCUUAUCUAUAUAUCUCACCCUCUUCUUUCGCUUCACACCACCCAGAAAGAAAAUCAGGGAAAAACAGGUUCAAGCUUUAUUUUUCUUCUUUGUUGUUCUUCAUAAGCAAAGCAAUUGUGAGAGUGGUCUGCUGGAGAGAGGGAGAGAGGAGAGAGGGGAGUCUUUGGUUGAAAUAGUUUAAAGGGUUUCUUGGGGCUUUGGUUUAGGGGGUAACACCCAGGGUAGACAAAUUGUGGACAUCACGGCUAUAUACAAAGUUUCUCGGCCUCUUAUUCAUGUCCGAACUGUACGACGGAAGGGUUGUGUGAUCGAGAGCAACCCUUCGCCGCACGGCGGGCGUGGAGCUUUGCCUUCUGAAGGCGGUAGUCCUUCCGAUCUCCUCUUCCUUGCUGGUGGCGGUCUUGUCUUUUAAGAGUUUCAGCAGUCUAGUGUAGAUAGCUUUUAGUCUAUAUAUAUAGAAAAAAAAAGCAAAGAAUCCUAUCGAAGAAAGCUGUUUUAGAUCGCUCGUAAGAAGAAGAAUAAGAAGGCUGUUGUUUUCGUUCGUCUACGUAGUCGUUCUUUGUGGGUUAUCUUUAUUUGAUUUGUAUUGGAUAAAGAAAGAAAAAGGAAGAAGUAGUAGCAAAGAUGAUGCUCAGGAUUAAGAGGGUUCCCACCGUUCUUUCGAACUACCAAAAGGAUGAGGCGGAAGAGACUGCUCGCCGUAGCGGUGGGUGUGGAAAGAAUUGCCUUAGAAGCUGUUGCAUUCCAGGAGCAAAGCUUCCUUUAUAUGCUUUCAAGAAGGUGACCAAUACCCAGAGUGAAAAAGGGGUGCGUGGAAAUGAGAACAAAGAGCCUCCCGUUGCUUUUCUUGACUCACUCGUUCUUGGAGAGUGGGAGGAUCGCAUGCAAAGAGGGCUCUUUCGAUAUGAUGUCACUGCCUGUGAAACCAAGGUGAUUCCUGGUGAAUAUGGCUUCAUUGCCCAGCUGAAUGAAGGGCGCCACCUUAAGAAGAGGCCAACUGAGUUCCGUGUUGAUAAGGUCCUCCAGCCCUUUGACGGGAACAAAUUCAACUUCACCAAAGUCGGGCAAGAAGAGGUGCUUUUCCAGUUUGCAGCAAGUGAAGAUGGUGAAGUUCAGUUCUUUCCAAAUGCUCCAAUCGAUGUGGAGAAUUCUCCAAGUGUUGUUGCCAUAAAUGUUAGUCCUAUCGAAUAUGGACAUGUGCUGUUGAUCCCUCGAAUUCUCGAAUGCUUGCCCCAGAGGAUCGACCGUCAGAGCUUCUUGCUUGCACUUUGUAUGGCAGCUGAAGCUGGGAAUCCGUACUUCAGAUUGGGUUACAACAGCUUGGGUGCAUUUGCUACAAUCAACCACCUGCACUUCCAGGCUUACUACUUGGCUGUGCCCUUUCCCAUUGAGAAAGCUCCCACCAGGAAGAUAACCACUUUGAGUGAUGGAGUGAUCAUCUCAGAGCUUUUAAAGUAUCCAGUCAGAGGCCUAGUCUUUGAGGGUGGUAACACUAUCCAGGACUUGUCUGACACAGUCUCUGAUGCCUGCAUUUGCCUUCAAGAUAACAACAUACCAUACAAUGUCCUCAUCUCUGACUGUGGAAAGCGGAUCUUUCUCCUUCCACAGUGUUAUGCUGAGAAACAAGCUCUUGGGGAAGUGAGUCCAGAGCUAUUGGACACCCAGGUGAACCCAGCUGUGUGGGAAAUUAGUGGUCAUAUGGUGUUAAAAAGGAGGAAGGACUACGACGAGGCAUCUGAUGAAAAUGCUUGGAGGCUCCUUGCAGAGGUUUCUCUCUCUGAGGAGAGGUUCCGUGAGGUGAAUGCACUUAUCUUUGAAGCCAUUGCCAUUGGCGAAACCAUUGCUGAGACUCUGCUAGACGAGCCUGAUACUAAAACCCAGUCUCUUGAAAUAGAGAAUGCUAUCACCAAAAGCUCCCACCGCCCUAUGGUGGCUGGGACGCAUGAAUGCCUUGUUCUGCAGUGAGAAUCGGCAUUCAGUAAUAGAAACCCUGUUCCUUCCGGGUUCUGUUUCUAUUAUGUCAGUUUGGUAUCUUGGAUUGUGUUAGACCUUCUAUGGAUUAUGGCACUGGUAGCCUAAAUAAGCAAACUUAGUUUGCCACUGAUGUAAAGGAUAUUCAACUUUGUGUAAACUGCUAUCUCUGCUUAUUGGCUUCAUGAUGUACUUUAUUGGAUCAUGUAAAAUACAAUGUAAUGUUUGCUGUUAUGAGCUUAUAAAUGCAUGUUAUUAUGUGCUAGUAGUA